AUGUCUGGCUAUCACCAUCACUACAACGAAGACGGGUUUAAUCCGCAGUUCGGGGCUGUACGGAGCCAUUCUCAGAACAAGCGGACCUCGGAUAUUGUCAGCAACGACAAUGAAUGCACGAAGGGUCUACCAAAACGACCGAGGCUGGCCGGCGCGGCUUCUGGUCAACCCGACUGCGCCGUGGUCAAGCUCUCACACGAGGCCUACACCGUGGGCUGGGUGUGCGCCCUCCCCCUCGAGAUGGCCGCGGCAAAGGCCAUGCUGGACGACACCCACCAGCCUCUUGCUAUGAACCCUAACGAUAGUAACGUAUACACGUUCGGCCGCGUAGGCCCCCACAACGUUGUCAUCGCGUGCUUGCCCUCAGGGCAGUAUGGCACGAACAGCGCAGCGGUGGUGGCAAACAACAUACGCUGGAGCUUUCCGUCGAUACACAUUGGGCUGAUGGUCGGCAUCGGUGGCGGCGUUCCUGGCAAGGUCGACGUACGCCUUGGCGACGUCGUGGUCAGCAACCCGACUGGGGGCUCCUCAGGUGUCAUACAGUAUGACUUUGGAAAAGCCGUCCAUGACGGCCGGUUCGAGCAUACUGGCACACUGAACAAACCCCCUCAGUCGGUCUUGACGGCGGUCUCCGAGCUGCGCGCCAUUCACGAAACACGGCCGAACCAGAUUCCAGCUAUCUUGGCUGACAUGGAGAUGCGUAACCCCUACAUGUCCGAAUACUUGUACAGAAGUACGGAUGAAGAUCGGUUGUUUCAGGCCUUUUACGAACAUGUUGCCGGAGACACCUGCGACGACUGUGACAUAUCCAAGUUAGUGGAACGCAAGCCACGGUCAGCGACACAUGUGCCGAAGAUCCAUUACGGGAUCAUCGCAUCUGGAAACCAAGUCAUGAAGCAUGCGCAGACACGAGACCGUCUUGCCAACGAGCUGGGUCUGAUUUGUUUCGAGAUGGAGGCGGCGGGCUUAAUGGACAACUUCCCCUGUCUAGUCGUGCGCGGGAUCUGCGACUACUCCGACAGCCACAAAGCGAAACGGUGGCAGAGAUACGCGGCCGCAACAGCAGCAGCGUAUGCAAAGGAGCUUCUCUAUGCCAUCACACCCCACGAGGAUCAUAGCCUCACGACGCAGACUGUGGUGGCGCCUGGCACUCAUACUGUUCCAUCGCCGCAGCCACCACCACCACCACCACCACCAGAACACAGAAAGAUACUGCUAGACUCGCUCAAGUUUGACCAAAUCGACAAGCGACAAGCGAACAUUAAAAACGCCCACGCAAAGACUUGCGAGUGGCUGACGCAGCAUCCCGACUACACGGCUUGGAUAGACCGCCAGAAGUACUCUCAGCACCACGGCUUUCUUUGGAUCAAGGGAAAACCUGGCGCCGGAAAAUCGACUCUGAUGAAGUUUGCCUUCAGCCGGGCAAAGAAGAGAAAGGGCAAAGGUGCAUCUUUGAUCUCUUUCUUCUUCAACGCUAGAGGCGAAGGUCUCGAAAAAUCGACAUUAGGGAUGUACCGAUCCCUACUGCAUCAGCUUCUGGGAACCAUGCCCGAACUGCAGACAUUGCUUGAGGACCCAGGCCUCACAUCCUGGACGCAGCCCGGUUUCAGCGCCUGGGACCUCGGCCAACUAAAAACCCUUUUCAGGAACGCAGUCCGAAGACUAGGACAACGACAGUUGACCUGCUUCAUUGAUGCCCUUGACGAGUGUGAUGACAAUGAGGUCUCGGACAUGGUCAAGUGCUUCGAGGACCUAGGACAGUACGCAGUCCAAAACAAUAUUCGCUUCUACGUGUGCUUUUCCAGCCGCCAUUAUCCGUACAUCGACAUCCUCUAUGGUCAAAAGCUUAUUCUGGAAAGUCAGGUCGGACACGAGAAAGACUUGGCCGAUUACGUGCGCAGCGAACUCAGGGCCGGCUCAGGGCCAAAGAGCGAUGAGGUGAUUACUGAAAUCCUGCAGAAAGCUUCAGGCGUCUUCAUGUGGGUUGUUCUGGUCGUCGACAUCCUUAAUAAGGAGUACGGGAAGGGCCGCCUGUUUGCAGUGAAAAAGCGACUAAAGGAGAUACCCUCCGAGUUGAGCAAGCUGUUCCAGGACAUCCUCACAAGGGAUCAGGAGGAUAUGGGGGAUUUGCUCCUCUGCAUUCAGUUGCUGCUCUACAGUCAAAGACCACUCAAGCGGGAGGAGUAUUAUUUUGCUGUAGUGUCUGGUUUGGAGCCUGAUACCCUAGGGGAAUGGGACCUCGAAGAUAUAACUCAUGAGUUCAUGGACCGCUUGAUUGUCAGUUCAUCAAAGGGGCUCGCUGAAACAACGAGGUCAGAUGACAGGACAGUUCAGUUCAUUCAUGAGUCAGUACGGGACUUCCUUCUCAAGGACAACGGAUUGCGGGAUCUUUGGCCAGACAUGGGCGACAACUUUGAAGGCCGCAGCCACGACAGGCUGAAAGGUUGUUGUCAUACGUACUUGACUCAAAUCAACAUCCUGGCUUACUUACCGGAAGACAAAUUCCUGCUGGGGAUCUCCAGGGGAGAUGCUGAUCUUUCUAGGGGCAAGGUAACCGAGCGGUUCCCAUUUCUCGAGUACGCAACGAAUCAGGUCCUCUAUCAUGCCGAUGCCGCGGCGGCACAUGGGAUUUCACAAAGCGAAUUCUUCGAGGAUUUCGUAGUGGAUGACUGGAUACAAAUGAACAACUUGUUUGUGAGAGCCAAGGUUCGCAGACACAAGCCUGCGUCUACAGGUCUUUUGUACAUCGCCGCCGCCAAGGGACUGACAGGGCUGGUGGUGACAAGUCUUCGAUGCAAUCCUGAUGCAGAUAUCGUUGGGGGGCGCUACAAAUAUCCGCUCCUCGCAGCCAUGAGCGAGGGACACGAGGCUACUGCGAACGCACUUUUGGACGUUAUUGCUGACAAGCCACGGCAAAACGAAGUGGGUUCAAGUAGCGGCUACGCAAUCAGUCCGAGUCUCGACUGCAAAGACGAAAACGGCCGGACGGCGCUUUAUUAUGCUGCACAAAACAAACAAAUCGGCAUAGGCCAGAGACUUCUUGAACUGGGCGCGAGUCCUGAAUUUCAUUCGAAAAAUGCUGAGACCAGCCCGCUUGUUCAAGCUGCGGCGAAGGACAACGAGGCAUUUCUGAGGCUGAUUCUGGACAAGCGUACCAAAUUCCGAAUCAAUCCUACUACGCGUGCUGGCAGUCUAUCAGCUUUAACACCGUCGAGUGAAGAUCAAGCCGAAGAGAAAAGGCUUCCAGAGCUUGAUGAAAAAAAAUUGCCCUCGUCUGAGAACGAGAGCCAGGCUCCGAUGCCUGCGACAAGCAAGCCGUGCGAUGAAGACAUUUCCUGGGCCCUGAUCGCUGCUGCCAAAACCGGGAACGAAGGGAUUGCGAGACUUCUGCUGGAUUCGGGCGCCGACGUACACGCAAUCGACCGUCAUGGUUCUACGCCUAUGGAAGUAGCUUGCGAGUGGGGCAAAGAGGCCGUGGCACAAUUACUUCUUGAUGCAGGAGCGGACGUGCAUCGAAAGGAUCGGUCGGGUUGGACACCCAUCCACCAUGCUGCGUGGUACGGAAACGCAGCGACUGUACAACUGCUAAUUGAGAACGGCGCUGAUAUUGAAUCUGCCGCCCAAGACGGCAAGACCCCCCUUCAUUUGGCCGGCCGCAGUGGGAAGCUGGCAGUUGCAGAGGCGCUACUCAAAGCACGCGCAAACCUCCACGCUGUCGACAAGGAAGGCGCUACGCCCCUUCAUGAAGCCUGUGAACAUCACCUAGAAACAGCCAGUUUCUUGAUCGAAGCAGGCGCCGACGUUCAAGCGGUCGAUCAUUCCGGCAAGACUCCGCUUUUUCACGCUGCGCUGGAAUCCGAGAUGGCCUGCUUGGACAUUUUGCUUUCCCAUGGCGCCCACAUCAACCAGACAGACAACCGUGGGCGGACACCUCUGUUCGAAGCCAUCCACAGAAAUAGUGACGCUUUCAAGAAGUUCCUGGACAAGAAACCAGAUAUCACAAUCACCGAUUACAGCAGCCAAACUGCCCUUUUUGGACUGCAAAACUGGAACGGCCACAACGCAAAUUUGCUGUUCAAAGCAGGCGUGGAUGUCUCGCAGAAAAACAACAAAGGCCAGACAUUCCUUCAUGGAAUAUGUUCAAGAAACUAUUCCCCUGUUGGCAAAUUUUGCGUUUUCCUUCCAUUGGUGUUUGAACAGGGCUUCGACGUCAAUGCUCAGGACUACGCUGGUCGAACACCGCUACUAGACGCAGUGAAAGCGGGCAACAUGGACUGGGUACCCUUUCUUUCUAAACACGGUGCCGACCUCAAUGCAGCAGACAACCAAGGUUGGACGCCGCUUUCUACAGCUAUUAACCUUGAAAGAUCUUGGUGUUUGAAAUCUGUCAAAUCCCUCCUAGAGAGCGGGGCCGAUGCAAGGAAAGCUGGCCCAAACGGUGAAGGUCUGUUGGAUAUGGCUGUUCGGUUGGGCAAAGACGAUUUGUUGGGACCUCUAAAGGCGGCUAUAGAAAAAAAAGGCAUAUCACUCAAUGAUAUAGUCCAAAGAGUGCGUGCUGCUAUGUAA